CGUGCGUCUCGGCCGAUAAGGUCCGAUUCGGCUUGCCCUCUACUCUCAUUGUCUGGCCUUGUAGUUUCCAAUGCACACUUUCCCGUUUAUCCUCAAGAUUUGGAGCACACUUGGGCCGCUGUACAGUAGCUCGUGAAUCACGGCCUCCUUUGCCGACGGUAGAACCUCGACGCCGUACAAUGGGAAAGAGGACGCCGCUCAUUUGUCGCCAAGGAGUGCAUUCCAGGGGCCGAAUCUGCACACGCACAAAGGCGUGAUGACCCUUCCUUUCGUCAUGUCUGGCCACAUGCGGCCGUCCAAGCCAAAUGCGACUCGAUGGAAUACCGCGUCUCCGAGUGCAUCUCACCUUUAAUGCCCUGCAUUGCUGGCCACGGCAUGCGACCCUCCAGGGUGCACAGCUCCCAAUCUAUCCCUCUCUCAUUCUCCGCACCCAAAAGCGGUCUAAUCUUGGUGUGCCAUGGCAACGUGAGCGUCUUCUCUCAACUGAUGCCCGACGCUCAGCGCCGGAAUAGGUCGUUAAUGGCCAUGCUGUGCCAGUUCAUCGCGGUGGUACGACUCGUAUUUGGGAUUUACGAGGUGCUCAGCAAUGUGCACCGUGAAUUGCGCUACGGUUUUGGUUAGAAUGUGCGAUGGGGGAAUGGUACAAAAGCUGGAGGAGCUGCGCUGAGAGUUCUUCAGGUCGAGCUCGCCAACUCAACCUACUCAGUCCCAUCCAGUCUCCUCUUUCCCUCAGUCGAAAUGCGCUUCCAAUUCCUUACUGCACUCGUGCUAGCUGUCUUUGCUGUCAGCGCCGCAGCGGCACCUGCGCCGGCCGAAGGCGAGCUCUCCAAGAAAGGCUACAGCCAGCCCCAGAACGGUGGCUACAACCAAGGCCACAACGGGCAGGGCAACGGCUACGGCGGUGGAGGUAACAAUAACCACAAUGGCGGCGGCAGCGGAUACGGCGGCGGCAAGGGCAACAACGGUGGAUAUGGUGGAGGCAAGGGCAACAACAAAGGCGGAUAUGGUGGAGGAAAGGGCAACAACAACGGAGGGUAUGGUGGAGGCAAGGGCAACAACAAUGGCGGAUACGGCGGAGGGGGCGGGAACAACGGUGGAUACGGUGGGGAUAAGAACCACAACGGCGGCGGCUAUGGUGGAGGAAACAACAACAACAACCACGGUGGAUAUGGUGGAGGUAACAACAACAACAACGGCGGCUACGGUGGAGGCAACAACGACAACAACGGCGGCUAUGGCGGAGGCAACAACAACGGCCACCACCAAUCCGGCGGCUACGCGCUGGCGAAGAAGAGCUACGGCGAGCGCCCUGGAUUUGGCUAUGGUCACGGCGAGAACCACGGACACGAGCACGAGCACGGUGGCUACGGCGGCGAGCACCACAGCGGCGGCUACUAUGCGCUUGUGAAGAAAGGAUAUGGCCACGACAACGACUACGGCCACCACGAACAGGAGCACGGCCACGGGUAUGGCCACCAAGGACAUGGAUAUGGCGGACACGGAUACAACUACGCCUAAACAAAGCGAGUCAUGGUCUGGAACCUAUUCCUUGGCCGAAGUGACACUGUAAUAACUCUUGUACUUUUCCCCUCCCGGACAAGGAAUCAGAAAACGUAAAAAACAUAAUCUGUACUACAUCCCUGCAACGAAUCAAUCAAAUGCUGUGCUAUCCAGUCUCUGCGAACUUUCCACCGAGGCGAUCUUAGAAAAGACAUCCCCACAGAAGAGUGAACACUCGAGUAGAUGUGGAA